AUGAGGAGGAGAGAGGAAGAGAGAGGAGGAGGAGAGAGGAGGAGGAGAGAGAGGAAGAGAGAGGAGGAGGAGAGGAUGAGGAGGAGAGAGGAAGAGAGAGGAGGAGGAGAGGAUGAGGAGGAGAGAGGAAGAGAGAGGAGGAGGAGAGAGAGGAAGAGAGAGGAGGAGGAGAGAGGAAGAGAGAGGAGGAGGAGAGAGAGGAGAGAGGAGAGAGAGGAGAGAGGAAGAGAGAGGAGGAGGAGAGAGAGGAAGAGAGAGGAGGAGGAGAGAGGAAGAGAGAGGAGGAGGAGAGAGAGGAAGAGAGAGGAGGAGGAGAGAGAGGAAGAGAGAGGAGGAGGAGAGAGAGGAAGAGAGAGGAGGAGGAGAGAGAGGAAGAGAGAGGAGGAGGAGAGAGAGGAAGAGAGAGGAGGAGGAGAGAGGAAGAGAGAGGAGAAGAGGAUGAAGUUCCGUUUCCUGGACACAAACCUCGGGUCACUGAUGUCUGUGACGUCAGUCUGUGAUGCUUUGAUGUCUGUGACGUCAGUCUGUGAUGCUUUGAUGUCUCUUGUGGCUAAUGCUAACGAUGCUAACAGACAAACGGAAGGUGGAAAAGGAACAAAAGCAGCUCGGUCUGCAGUGCCCCCCGCAGAGCCACACUGUGCACGGAACAACGUGCACCGGGAACACGCUCCCGGUGGCUCUGACCGGGCACCGAGGCCUGUGGGCUGUGGUGCGGGAAGACAGGCGCCCAAAGCCCGCAGAGCUCAGUGCACAGCCGCGGUGAACCAGGAGGACCAUGGGACUCACCAGAAAGAACCAGGACUGCAGCAGGACCGCAGCAGCUCUUCGGGACUGGGUCUAUCGGCUCGGUCUCUCCCGGGGCUGACUGCUGCAGAUGCGGACGGACGCCAUCCUCCGGAGCCUGGACACCGGAAACAGGAGUCGAGAGGCGGCUGGAGGGGGAGGGGAGCCCGGGGCCGAGGGGGGGGGGCACCGGGGGAGGAAUCCGUACAGCUCCCGGGAACAGAGACACACAACACACCGCGCUAA